AUGCGGUUCCUCUGUCUCCAUGGUGCCAUUGGCAACAUUGAAAAUAUCAGUAUCCAGCUAGCCCCACUGCAGAAAGAGCUCGAAUGCGACAAUUCUGCUUCCUUCCACUAUAUCCAGGGUCCGGUGCGAAUUAAGCCUCCGCCAGGUAUGAUGCACCCCAUCUUGAUAGCCGUGGAAAAGAAAGGGAGUCCGGAAUUCAUGUCUCACCAACUCGCAGGGUUCGAGGAAUAUUUUGGCGUCGGACCGCACUACCGCUGGGCCGACGAUGCUGGUGUCGCCGAGGAUUCGAUGAUCAGCCGGGUACGAAAGAUUCCAGUUGGGCAGAACCCGGAGGAUGUGAUGCGCGACCUCAUAGGGGACCGUGAUGCUGAGUGGAAGAACCGCCGGGAGGUAAUGAAUUAUCUCUACGAAACGUUGGAGGCAAACCCGGAUAUUGAAGGCAUCAUCGGGUAUAGUGAAGGCGCAUCCAUGGCAGCCACACUUAUCAUAGACGAGCAAAUCAGACUCCAAGAAAGCGGACGCGAACGACGGAUCAAGUGCGCGAUGUUCAUCACAGGCUGGCCUCCAAUCCACCCGGAGAAGGGGAUUAUCCUCGCGGACGAAGUUGACGAUAUGAUCGACGUGCCUUCCUUGCACGUCGUGGGCGCGAAUGAUCCUUUCCGACACGGCGCAUACGCUCUCUACAACGUCUGUGACCCUGACACGGCUAUUUUCUUCGACACGGGCAAGGGUCACACCAUUCCGCGGUCUGGGCUGGUGAUCGGUGAGCUAGGCGAUGCGGUCCGCGAAAUGAUGUCCAAGUCGUAG